GAUCGAGAGGGUGCUGCUCGGUGUCCACGACAUGACAAAGACGAACAAGGAUCCCUGCCAGAAAAGAAAGGUCAAAGGCUGGUUUCCUCACCAUUUCUACGAUAAUAGUUCAAUGGUCAAUGACCUCAUGUUGCUUAAGCUGGACGGCGCUGUGAAGCCCACCAAGGCGGUAAAUGUUCUGCCGUUGCCGAGCAGCAACAAAGAUCCCUUGGCUGGCAGCAGCUGCAUGGUGGCCGGGUGGGGGUGGUCCAGCAACAAAGUCAAGAAAAUGUCCAAAGUCCUCAUGUCCGUCAACCUCACCGUCGUGGACAGAGUCAAGUGCAACUCUCCUGAAUACUACGACUUCAACCCCAUCAUCACCAAGGACAUGAUAUGUGCUGGUUCUGAUGGCAAAAAGGAGGCGGGCACCUGCCUGGGGGACUCUGGUGGUCCGCUGGUGUGCAAAGGAAAUCUGGUUGGAGUCACUUCGUUUGGAUCUCGGAAGUGCGGCCAUCUACCUGGAGUGUACUCCUUUCUCUCAGCCAAGCAACUCAACUGGAUCAAAAACGUCAUGAAGAAAAACUGAUUACAAACUCUGCAUUUGGGGCCAUUUCAAUAAAGUGCUAACAUUU